UUCCGGCUUCAUCAGACAGCGGAGCUGCAUUGUAAACACACCGCGUCCAUUUUCAAACCCGUCCGGAAAAAUAUUGCACAUCACCGACGAACAUGGGGGCCGUACUUGGGCUUUGUUCCAUGGCCAGUUGGAUCCCUUGCCUUUGUGGCAGUGCUCCUUGCCUGCUGUGCGGAUGCUGCCCGAGUGGAAACAACUCCACUGUCACUCGGCUGAUCUAUGCCUUCUUUAUGCUGCUGGGUGUGGGCAUCGCCUGCAUUAUGCUCAUGCCGGGCAUGGAGGGGCAAUUGAAGAAGAUUCCAGGCUUUUGUGAAGGAGGAAUAGGUUCAUCCAUUCCAGGAGUGGAAGGUCAUGUUAACUGUGAUGUGCUGGUGGGCUAUAAAGCUGUUUAUCGUGUGUGCUUUGGGAUGGCCAUGUUCUUUCUGCUCUUCUCUCUCAUCAUGGUCAAGGUCAAGAGCAGCCAGGACCCGAGAGCUGCUGUGCAUAACGGGUUUUGGUUCUUCAAGUUUGCUGCAGCCACUGCUAUUACAGUCGGAGCAUUCUUCAUUCCUGAGGGGCCUUUUACUACUGUCUGGUUUUACGUUGGGAUGGCUGGAGCAUUUUGCUUCAUCCUCAUUCAGCUUGUGCUUCUGAUUGACUUUGCCCACUCUUGGAAUGAGUCCUGGGUGGAGAAAAUGGAGGAGGGAAACUCUCGCUGCUGGUAUGCAGCUCUUCUGUCUGCCACAGCCAUCAACUAUGCUCUGUCCCUGAUGUCUUUGGUCUUGUUUUAUGUUUAUUACACUCACUCUGAUGGCUGCACUGAGAAUAAAGUCUUCAUCAGCAUUAACAUGCUGCUGUGCGUUGGUGCAUCUGUUAUGUCCAUCCUGCCUAAAAUCCAGGAGUCCCAGCCCAGGUCUGGUCUCUUGCAGUCCUCCAUUGUUACUCUGUACACCAUGUAUCUGACCUGGUCUGCCAUGACUAAUGAACCAGACCGCAGAUGCAACCCUAGCCUGCUUGGCAUUAUUGGCCUCAACAGCACCAGCCCUGCCGGUCAGGACCGUGUUGUUCAGUGGUGGGAUGCCCAGGGCAUUGUGGGUUUGAUCUUGUUCCUGAUGUGUGUGCUGUACUCCAGCAUCCGCAACUCCAGUAAUACUCAAGUGAAUAAACUGACCCUGACCAGUGAUGAAUCUGCUCUGAUCGAGGACGGUCCGGCUCCAGAGAACUUUGAAGUGGGCGAUGGUACCAACCGUGCUAUUGAUAAUGAGAAGGAUGGAGUCACUUACAGCUAUUCUUUCUUCCACUUCAUGCUAUUUUUGGCCUCUCUGUACAUUAUGAUGACACUGACCAACUGGUACAGCCCUGACUCCAACUAUGAGACGAUGACCAGUAAGUGGCCGUCUGUGUGGGUGAAGAUCAGCUCCAGCUGGAUCUGCAUCUCUCUGUACGUGUGGACUCUGAUGGCUCCGCUGGUCCUCACCAACCGCGACUUCGACUGAGAGAAUCCGCCGUUACUUCUGUCAAUAUCCACAUGUAUAGGGAUAAGAGAGUGUAAAUGUAAAUAGUGUUUUGCGCAUUCGGCUAACCCCAUGUGUAUUUUUUUUAUUUUAAAUCUUGCAUGCUUUUACGUAGGUGUUUAUUAGUUGAAAGCUGAACUAAGUGAAGAAUACAGCUUGGGUUUCCUGUGAUGUGAUGUUAAUAUUUCCUUCAUUAACUUGUGUUCUUCCAAAAGAAAUGAAACAUUGAUUAAUAAUCUCUGUGUGGUUUUAAAAAUCUUAAUUUAUUCGUGAGAAGUACACAUGACAAAGCAGGUCAUGUUUUCCAUAAGUCAUAGCAUUGAUCUUUCCUAUAGAACGCACAAUGUAUACAGUGUUGCUUUAGCAUGUGAAAAAUUGGCCUAAAGUUGUAGAUUUUGUCAUGUUUUUUGUCCUUCUCAAUGAUUUGCACCAUGAACAUAUGACUGUAACAGUGCUAACUAAUCCUUUUGCAACUUGCACAUGUUAGUUGUUUGGCACACUAUUCUUUUAUGCUUGUAGCCAAUGUGUGUGUUGAACAAUGUUUUGCACUGGAUAUAUUAUUCUUUGCUGAUAAAACCUAAAUAGCUGACUUGUUUUGCUUUACUUUUUAUUGUAUAUUGUAUUAGGCACGCCAGUGAUUUACUAGAUGGCAGUACCAAUAUCUUUUUUUUUUCUUUUCCUUUUGUUCUUUUGGAUGUCAGUGUUAUAUUUUGCCUUUUGAUGUGCAUUGUAAUCACUCAAAAUUGCAACUUAUUAAAGGUUAAAAAAAUGUA